GCAAGUGGCACCACUUGCUACCUGUGUGGAAAGUCGGGUCAUUGGGCGCAGCAAUACCCCACGGGUCCAAAGUGCUAUGCGUGCAACCAAAACGGGCACUACGCACGAAACUGUACGAAUGAGGAGGCGAAAGCCAAGAACGACGCGUACUUGCAGACGCGU